UCAUUCACGUCUAGUGAACACCUUAAUUACGUCGCUUUACCAAUCAUACACACGGCAUGAAAUCAAAUAGCUGAGAUCAGAGCAAGAACUUUUGAAUUUUGAGAGUUGAAUAUUCGAUUUCUGUCUUCUUCUUCGUUAAAUCUCGUUUCUUUGGUAUUUGCCCUUGUUCAUCACACAUAGCUAGCUCACCCAACAGACAGCAAAUGGCCCACCAGAUUUUGUCCACAUAUAUUAUUCCGCCAUUUUUAUUCCUUCCACUAGCCUCCUCCUCGUUUAAUUAAUGGCAACUUUCUUCUUCCCCACCUCCAGACCUCGACCUAGAAAAGUUGCAACCAUUUUUAUCAACAUCUCCUCUCUCUUCCUCCUCCUCUUCUUUCUUAAAGCCUAUCUCUGUCCCUCCAAUUCCAAUCACGCUCUCAACCAGCAUUUCCAUGGCCCCGCUGCAACCAUCUUUAACCGCGUUCCGACUCUGCAUGACCUCCAAACUGAUGAAUGUGCCGAUCUCCACGAGCUCUCAGACCAUAUUUCAAAGUGCUCGUACGUCAAGACCAAUCUCAACUGCUUUUCCAGGGGAUACAUAAAUUAUCUCCAGAUCUUUUACUGCAAUCUAGGCGGAUUUCCAGUUCUGGGCUUUGCUCUGCUUGCUUUAUGGCUAGUGGUACUGUUCUAUCUCUUGGGGGACACAGCUUCGAACUACUUCUGUCAUUCCUUGGAAGGUUUGUCCAAUAUCUUGAGGCUAUCUCCCACCAUAGCUGGAGUAACACUGCUUUCUCUGGGAAACGGUGCGCCUGAUUUUUUUGCCAGCGUUGUUUCUUUCACAAGAUCCAACGGCGGUGCCGUCGGCCUCAAUAGCAUUCUUGGAGGGGCUCUUUUUGUUUCUUGCACGGUUUUGGGGAUUAUAAGUAUUCUGGUUAGCCCAAAGGAGAUUACAGUUGAUAAGGUUAGUUUCAUUAGAGACGUUGGUUUCCUCCUAUUUUCUCUGUUUAGCCUAUCGGUCAUCAUUUAUGUCGGCAGAAUCAACUUGUGGGGUUCAAUCUGCUAUAUUUCUACCUACUUCCUUUAUGUUUGUGCCGUCUCAGUUCCUCAUUUUAUAAACAAAAGGGAAAAGAAAGAAGAAACUGCACUGUUUUCGGACGAAUUGGCAUUGGCAGAGUCUGCCGUACCAAUGUUGUGCUCUAUGAACAGUGAGAAAGAGAAAACAGAAGUGGCAGAGAAAGCAAGCGCUGCUGAAGAUGAAACGCAAGAUCCGCAGAGUCUUGGCAAUGCUUCGCUCAAUUGCAAUUACCUAAGCAAGUUUCUAAAAGCACUAGAGCUACCCCUUUCAUUGCCAAGAAGACUGACAAUACCUAUUGUGAGUGAGGAAAAGUGGUCGAAGCCAUUUGCAGUGAUGUCUGUCGCCUUAGCACCACUAGUAUUCGCGGCUGUUUGUGAUACCCAGCUGGAAUACGCGAGUAAAAAGAGCAACUUGAUCAAGUACUUGCCAGCUGCCAUAGCUGGUUUUAUUCUGGGGUGCACAACAUGUGUGAAGACGAAGAGUUCAAGCCCACCAAGAAAGUGUUUGUUUCCUUGGCUAGCAGGGGGAUUUGCAAUGAGUAUAAUAUGGACUUACAUUAUUGCAGAGGAAUUGGUUUCCCUCUUGUAUUCACUGGGGAACAUAAUUGGGGUGAGCCCUUGCAUCCUAGGACUAACUGUCCUAGCCUGGGGUAAUUCAUUAGGGGAUUUGAUAGCAAAUGGCGCAAUGGCUCUAAAUGGUGGUGAAGAUGGGGUCCAGAUAGCCAUAUCAGGUUGCUAUGCAGGUCCCAUGUUCAAUACACUAAUAGGUUUGGGGUUGCCUCUUGUUCUAUCAGCAUGGUCUGAAUAUCCAUCAUCUUAUGUGAUUCCUGAAGACCAUUCCCUGUACGAGACUCUUCUGUUCUUGACGGCGGGGCUGCUAUGGGCACUUGUGAUAUUGCUCAACAAGAACAUGAGGCUGGAUAAGGCAUUAGGGGCAGGCCUUUUGGCCAUAUAUCUCUGCUUUCUCUUCAUCAGGAUCGCCACAGCCAUUGUUGUUAUUAAAUUAUAGCGCUGCUUGCCUUGAAAUGGUUGUUUUUUUUGUAUGUACUUCUCCAUGUUCUGCAGCUCAAUUAAAAAUGUGGCGAUCUUGUAAAUUUCAUUGUCGUUAUAUAAGAUGAUCACUACAAUAAUAAUAAAAAAUGUGAUUCCCUUCAAA